UCUUACGGCAAUCAGCCUCCUGGGCCAUCCCUGAUGACCGACUAUGCCCAAGAACAGCUAAAUCCUAUGACCAGUAACAUCCCAAAUCCACAGAUUCAGGAACCACUCUUAAAGCCAAGUCACGAAAGCCGGAAAGAGUCUGCUAAGCGUGCUGUCCAGGACGACCUUUUGCUUUCCUCUGCGAAACGUCAGAAGCAGUGUCAGCCAGCUCCACUCAGACUUGAAAAUAUGUCCAUGAUGAGCCGAACUCCAGACAAUAUUUCUGAUCAGACUCAAAUAAUGGUCAGUCAGAUCCCUCCCAGCUCUUCCAAUUCCAUUGUGCCUGUAAGCAAUCCCACACAUGGAGAUGGCCUUACGAGAUUAUUUCCUCCUGCUAACAACUUUGUGAGCCCUGCAUUAAGGCAGACUGAAGUUCAGUGUGGUUCCCAGCCUUCUGUGGCCGAGCAGCAGCAAACCCAGGCCAGCCAACAUCUCCAGGCCCUACAGCAACAUGUUCCAGCUCAAGGGGUAUCUCACCUCCAUAGUAACCAUCUCUACUUAAAGCAGCAGCAGCAAGUGGGACAGUUAAGAGAGAGACAUCACUUGUAUCAACUGCAACAUCAUGUCCCUCAUGCAGAGGGCUCUGUCCACUCUCAGCCCCAUAAUGUUCAUCAGCAAAGAACUCUGCAACAGGAAGUUCAGAUGCAGAAAAAGAGAAAUCUUGUUCAAGGCACUCAAGCCUCUCAGCUUUCCUUACAACCGAAGCACCAUGGAACUGACCCAGCCCGACCCAAGAGUGGCCGGCCUCAUCCCCACCAUCAACAAAUUCAGCAACAGAUGCAACAACACUUUGGAAAUUCCCAGCCUGAGAAGAGCUGUGAAAACCCUUCAACAAGCCAAAGCCACCAUAACCAUCCUCAGAACCACCUUAAUCAAGACAUUAUGCACCAGCAGCAGGAUGUUGGAAGCAGACAGCAAGGUUCUGGGGUUACUUCGGAACAUGUAUCUGGGCACAAUACAAUGCAGAGACUUUUGACAUCAAGAGGCCUGGAGCAACAAAUGGUGUCCCAACCGAGUAUUGUGACAAGGCCAUCAGACAUGACUUGUACACCACACAGGCCUGAGAGAAAUAGAGUUUCCAGUUAUUCCGCUGAGGCACUCAUUGGAAAGACAUCUUCUAAUUCAGAGCAGAGAUUGGGCUUAUCAAUUCAGGGUUCUCGAGUUUCAGAGCAGCUUGAAAUGAGAAGUUACCUUGAUGUUCCCAGAAAUAAGAGCUUAGCUAUUCAUAACAUGCAGGGCCGCGUGGACCAUGCUGUUGCCCCAGAUAUCCGCCUUCCUGACUGCCAGACAUUUAAACCAAGUGGAGCCAGCCAACAGGCCCAGAGUAAUUUUGAAGUACAAUCAUCAAGAAAUAAUGAAAUAGGUAACCCUGUAUCAUCUUUGAGGAGUAUGCAGUCUCAGACUUUCCGAAUUAGUCAAAACACCGGUCCUCCACCAAUUGACCGCCAAAAGAGAUUACCAUAUCCACCAGUUCAGAGCAUUCCAACAGGAAAUGCUCUUCCACCAAGGGACAGUGACAACACGUGUCACCAAAGUUUCAUGCAGAGUUUACUUGCCCCUCAUCUCAGUGACCAGGUCAUUGGGAGCCAGAGGAAUACACAGUGUGGCCCACCCUCUGCAAUUGAGUAUAAUUGUCCCCCACCUCAUGAAAGUGUCCACAUUAGAAGAGAGAAUGAGAGUCAGAAUAGGGAAAGUUGUGACAUGUCCUUAAAUGCUAUGAAUUCCAGGAAUAGUACUUUGAAUAUUCCUUUUUCAAGUUCUUCUUCCUCAGGAGAUAUUCAAGGUCGAAACACAAGCCCCAACGUGUCUGUACAGAAAUCCAAUUCCAUGAGGAUUACUGACAGUCAUGGGACGAAGGGACACAUGAACCCUCCAGUUACAACCAACAUGCAUGGUGUUGCAAGGCCAGCUUUGCCACAUCCAUCUGUGUCUCAUGGAAAUGCUGAUCAAGGGCUUCUUGUACGUCAAGCCAAUUCUUCAGUUCCUCAGCGAUCUAGGCACCCCUUGCAAGACAGCAGUGGAUCCAAAAUUCGUCAACCUGAAAGGAAUCGUUCUGGAAACCAAAGACAUAGCAAUGUCUUUGAUCCAAGUCUUCCCCAUCUUCCUCUGUCAACCAGUGGCAGUAUGAUUCUUGGACGUCAACAGCCCACUGCUGAGAAGAGAGGAAGUAUUGUUUGCUUUAUGCCAGAUAGCCCACAAGUACCUAGUGACAACUCAGCUCCUGACCAGCAUACCCUGUCGCAAAAUUUUGGUUUCCCUUUUAUUCCCGAGGGUGGCAUGAACCCACCAAUAAAUGCUAACACUUCUUUCAUUCCA